AUGUCUGAGAAGACGCCUCCGCUCGACGCCGACGCGCGACUCUCGUACAUUAGCUCGGCGCGCAUCUUGGCCUCGCAGAAGUUCACGCCCCAAGCGGCUUACCAGGCCGAGGAAGGCACGCUCGCCGAGGGCGGCGCGAUCUCGCUUUGCUCGCGCGAGGCCUUGGGUCUCUUUUCCCAGUACGCAGCGAUCGGUACCAUCUACGGCACGAUCCCGACGCUCGCGUACCCAAUCUUCAACAACUACCUCAAGAUGGAAGGGUACCAAGUCGCGUCGUACAACGUGCUCGUCACGCUUGGCUGGUCGUUCAAGGUCUUUUGGGGCAUGUGCACCGACUGCUUUCCCAUCUUUGGCUACCGACGCAAGAGCUGGAUGCUCCUUGGUUGGCUCGUCGCCAUGACAUCGCUGCUCAUCAUGGCGGUCAUGCCCCUCGGUGACCCCUACUGCUUUGGCAACCCGCAGGUGUGCGCCCGCGCGUACGCCAAUGCGUCGAUUCCCGACCGCGUCUACUUUAACAUUGACGCGCCGUCCAACGGCGCCAAGUUCAUCAUCCUCUCGAUGGUCACGAGCAUCGGGUAUGUCAUGGCGGCGUGCGCGUCGGAUGCGAUGGUCGUGCAAUAUGCGCAGCGCGAGCCCGUCGCGAUCCGGGGCGGAUUCAAACGGCGAUCUACGUCGUGCGCACGGUCGCCGGAGUACGAUGGCAGCUUUGACUUUUCCAUGGGCCCCAACGUCAUCUACGGCAUCCUCCUCGGACCGUGCGUGCUCGUGUGCCUCACAACAAUCUUUGUCGUCCAAGAAGACCCGGCGCCGCGCGUCGAGUUCAAGUUCUGGGUGUCGUCGUUCUGGGAGCUCCUCCAGAAGCGCGUCAUGUGGCAGAUCUGUGCCUUCCGCUUCAUCAACACGACCUUUCUUAGCAUCGGCGUGACCGCGACGCCGACCAUUCAGCGGGCGUGGGCCAAGGUUCAGCCGCUCAACGACUCGCUCUCGACGAUUCUGGGCCAGCUUCUCUUUGCUGGCAUCCUCGUGGUCGUCGGCAAGUGGGGCCUCGACUGGAACUGGCGCCAUACCAUCGCCCUCGGCACGAUCGCCAUCGUUGUCAUCGACGCCACCGUCGUCAUGCUCACGAUCUGGGACGUCUUCCGCAACGAGUGGUUCUUCACGGGCGUCGCCCUCUCCGAGCAGAUCCCUGGUGGCAUUCGAUUCAUUGUCUCGACCUACUGCGCGGUCGAGAUCGCCGAUGUCGGCAACGAAGGCGCGACCUACGGCCUCGUGACGACGGUCUCCAACCUCGCAACACCCUUUGCGAGUCUCAUUUACAAGCUCAUCAACUCGUACUUCGUCGUCGACAAUGUUGCGGUCGCACGCGACGACACGGCCGUGCGCUGGGCCGUCACGUACUGCUACCUCAUCUCGUACGCGUUCAAGCUCGCGGCGCUUGGCUGGCUCUUCCUCCUGCCUCCGCAGAAAGCCGAGAUGCAGGCCCUCAAGCGGCUCGGCGGCAAGAGCAAGGCGGCCGGAGCGACGCUUGUUGUUGUGUUUGCGCUCGCAUUGGUGUUUUCCGUGACGACGAACCUGCUCUCGAUCUUCCCGUCGACCAAGUGUCUCCGCAUUGCCGGCGGGAAAGGCUGCUAGGACGAGGCUAUUUCUUCCUUACUGUUUGUUAUAAACACGUCAACUACAAGC